AUGACGGACGGGAAGGCGGGAGCAGCCGCUUGCUUCGGGCUUGUAACAAAGAGAAUCCGUAAAAUCUUCAGGCAUUUCCCCAAAUCCAAGCCCUGGCCCACGGGACCGCGCCUGCCGAGGAGGCCCAGCAGGGAGGUGUUGCUGGUCAGAGACUGCAGGUACACGUGUCACCAGGAGUGCCGCAGCCUCAUCCAGCUGGAUUGCCGCCGGUGCCAGAGCCAGCUGUCCCCAGAGAACACCGCGCUGCCGCCGGCCCGCAGCCAGAAUGCGACGCAAACGGUAGAGGAAGAAAAACCCGAGCCUCCGACCGUCCAGGAGAUCAAACAGAAGAUUGAAAAGUACAAUGCAAAGGUCACCAACUGCCUGUUGAUGAAACUGAACGACGAUGGGACCUACACGGGGUUCAUCAAGGUGCACCUGAAGCUGCGGCGCCCCGUGACGGUGCCGGCCGGGAUCCGGCCCCAGUCCAUCUACGAUGCCCUCAAGGAGGUGAACCUGGCGGAGAUGACGGACAAGAGGACCUCCUUCUACCUGCCCCUGGAUGCCAUCAAGCAGCUGCACAUCAGCAGCACGACCACGGUGAGCGAGGUGAUCCAGGGGCUGCUGAAGAAGUUCAUGGUGGUGGAUAACCCCCAGAAGUUUGCACUUUUCAAGGAGAUGCGGAAAGAUGGGCAAGUGCUCUUCCAGAAGCUCCCUCUCACCGAGUACCCCCUGUACCUGCGGCUGCUGGCGGGCCCCGACACGGACGUGCUGAGCUUUGUGCUGAAGGAAAACGAAACGGGGGAAGUCGAGUGGGACGCGUUCUCCAUCCCCGAGCUGCAGAACUUCCUGAUGAUCCUGGACAAGGAGGAGAAGGACAAAAUCCAGCAAGUGCACAGGAAGUACGAGAGGUUCAAACAGAGACUGCAACAGACCCUGAAAGAAGCCCGAGGCAAACCUGGAUAACCUUCAGGAGGCACUGGGCAUCAGACUAAGCUAGAGACUGUUUUUAAAUGAAAAGACUUCUCAGGACACCUUAGUCGUCAUUCUCCUUCUUCAACCUUCCAUAAGGACUGGAAGCACCCCUAAAAUGAUCCUAUUGCAUUUUCUUCUUCCGAAACCUCUUCUCCCAGGACGGGAGCCAGUCCAAGAACGGGAAGGCUGUUUUUAAAACAGCUUCAGCAAAGCAAACACAGCUGCUGCUUGGCUUUUCCCAGCCCUGCCAUCCGCUGGAGAGGCUGCGUGGAAAAUUCUCGGUGCGACACCCAACGGGACCCAUCUGCUGGCUGAAGUUCUGAGCAGGGCAGCUCCUGCUGCUCCCGCUCCUCCCAGCGAGCUGCUUGUUCCUGUUUGGAGGAGCUGUGGCCCACGGUGCCCUCGUGGCCCAGUUCUGGUUUCGUAAGGAGAGCACGGGGAAACAGCAGGGAAAGGGGAGGAGGUUGUUGCACCGAACCACGUGGGUGUUGCAGCUCUGACCAAGCCCUGGGCUUGAUCAGGGCUAAGGCAGCCAGGGAAAUGCCAGGCUGUGACACCAAGGCGGCUGCAACACCCCAAGAGUGUGUUAGUAAAUAUUAUUGCGGCUUGGUAAUUGUAAUUCCCAGGAAAAAUCAUUCAUUUUGAUUCUGUUUGACUUCUAAUGUUGAAAAGAGCUGGAUUACAGUAACCGUCCCUGAUGCUUAGCUAAGUUAGCCAGUGUUUCACCAGUUCUCCGUAGGAGUUGGGACCCAUGUCCCCAGAAAUUUUGUUUGAAAAGUGUAAAGGUGAGGGUUGGGGCACAGGCUGAGGGUUCAGUGUUGAAGGUUUAGCAAUACGUGUCCAUCCGAGGAAAGCUCAAAACCCCUUCACAACUCAGAUUUUGAGCUGUGAACGUGCCUGGCCCCGAGGGAGAGGAGCUGGGGUGUGGAGGCGGCACCAAGUAAGGGAAUUACUGUCCUUGGCUGCUUUCUGCUCACCUCAGCUGUGCUUCCUCCCGCUCCUGGCAGUGCCGUCCCAGCCCUGCUGUCCCUGUCACACCCUCCCUGCGCCCUGUUCUCCCUCCCCACUCUCAACUGGUGCUGUCCUGCACGUCCAGGAAGUUUCCCAGGAUCUGCUCUCUCCGUGGAGUCGGGAGAGGACAGCAAGUGUCUCUCUCUGCCUGUCUCAGGGCUCCCACCGUGCCCAGCACCCCUCAGCCAAGUCCUGGAGCUGCAGGGCGGGUCCCUGCCCUCGCUCCCUGGAUCUCUGCCGGGCCGGGAAUGCUGCAGGGAGAGGACAGGUCCCAUGUUCACCCUCAGUGCUUCCUCCCGAGCACGCUGCACACACCCAGGGCCAGCCCUGCCUCUGCUCACACCGCAGCAGAGCGCAGGGAACAGGGAAUGGCAGUGCUGGAUUGGGGAUGGAGCAGGAGAAGGGCUUUGUGUGAGGCAGCAGGGUGUUGGGGAACGGGGAGGAGUCUAAAAUUUACCUCAGUGCCUUUUUUUUUUUUUUUUUUUCCCCUUUCGUGUGAAAACUUUGCAUUUGGGCUAAGGAGGAAGCCGUGCAGAGGCCUCGUCCCUGCUGUCCCCACAGCCCUGGCGUGACCAAGGCCCUUGUGUCCGGGGAGGGAUGAGGAACCGCUCUGCUUCUUUCUGGAAGGUGGUGACUGCUUGGGAUUUUUUUAUUUUUAUUUUUUUCCCCUCCAGAUUCUGAGUAUGUUUGUUUCUAAGCCUGACGAGAGUAACUGCAUCCCUCGGAGCCCUCGGCUGGCGUGGAAGCCGCGUUCUGCCGAGCUCGUGGUCAGCAGCGAGGGUUUGCUCGCCGGGCUCUGGUGCACAGGAGCCUCCAGCUGUACUGUACUCUACACCCAGCGACCUUUAACAGCUGCUGGCGGCCGCAGAGCAGCGCUCACCACGCUCUGGGGCUGUUUGUCCGGCCACAAGCAGACUCAGCACUUCACUGUUCAUUUAAAUGCCGCUUGUCUGGUGCUUUGAGCCUUGACAGCACCGUAUAAAUACUUCAGUUCCACCGCGGGGAAGAAACGCUGUAAAAAAACUGCCAGUGGCUCUCAAGAGGGAAGAGCCACACGCUUGGUUUGAAAUCCCUUUUCUUUCUGGCUAAAAGUUGUGCAGGUUUCCUUUUUUUUUUUUUCCCCUUUAUUUUUUUUGGUGAGUGUUGGUGAGUGUCCCCUCUCCCUUCCUGGCCCCAGCAUGUCUUUGACAGUCUGUAGAAGGCAUGGCUUCGUAUGCAAUCACUGUGGAUGCUGCUGAAAACCUCCUGCCACCAGCAGGCCUCGCUCUUUUGGGUUUUUUUUGGUUUAUUUUUCAAUAUUGGGGGCAUCUGAAGAGUCGGUGGGUGCUGGAACUGAAAUUCUCAUGGGUCAGUCGAGCUGUUUCUAGAAGUAUUUGCCCCCUCUUUAAGCGCAAACUCCUGUUGCCAGUGCCUUUGGUUAGCAAUUGUCUCGCCUAGGUCGUGUGAGUUUAUUUUCCAUGGCUACUGUAAAACCUGUAAAAUAAUGUGUAUAGGAUGGAAUAGUAGAGCUUCUAUGGCAAAGUGAAAUGCAUUUUUGCAAUGCUGUAAUUUAUUUUUACUACUCCCUAGUGAUUCUAUGGCAUUUUUACAAAAUGUCUCACUCUUAGCUUUUUUUUUUUUGAAGGUUCUGGAACUAUUUGUUCAAAUGCAGACAGUGUACAAGACAAUGAUAAUAAAACUGUCAGUAAUUAAA